AGAAUAUCUGAGGCCAAGUCCCUCUCUGGCACCACCUACCACUGGACCUCUUUAGGCAACCAUCUAAAAAUGUGCCUAGUCGAGGCUCCAGCCUUCUAUGUAGUGGUUCUCUUCAUCACAUAAUCACAGUGAUUAAGGAGCCUUACCUCCUCCCCUCUGCUGUACAGACACAGGCAGGAGUGACAGUUCCCAGUGGCUAUGGAAAGAGCAGUGUGAAUCCAGCACAGCAUGUCCUGCUUAAGUCACACUCACAACUAAACUCUGCAACUCUCCAUACCCUUCCAUCUAAAGAGCAGAGCGAUGGCUGAUCAGCAGUAUAUAGACGCCUCUGAACUGCAAGCAGACAAGGAACAACAAGAGUGGGGCUAUGUGGAAGGUGUUGAGUGGGGUUUAAAUUACCCAGAAGCUAAUGGACAAUACCAAUCUCCAAUCAAUAUAAAUUCAAGAGAAGCCUUAUAUGAUCCUUCUUUACUAGAAGUUCGGCUGUCUCCAAGCUAUGUUGUCUGUCGUGACUGUGAAGUGGUUAAUGAUGGUCGGGUUGUUCAAAUACCGCUUAAAUCAAAAUCAGUUUUAACAGGUGGUCCUCUACCUCGAGGUCAUGAAUAUGAGUUACAUGAAGCAAAAUUUCACUGGGGCAGGGAGAACCAACGAGGAUCAGAGCAUACAGUCAACUUCAAAGCAUUUCCAAUGGAGCUUCACCUUAUUCAUUGGAACUCCACCUUAUUUAGGAAUAUCGAGGAAGCCCUGGGGCAAGUACAUGGCAUUGCUAUUAUAUCCCUAUUUGUACAAAUAGGAAAAGAACACAUAGGCCUAAAAGCCGUAACAGACGUUCUUGAGGAUAUCCAGUAUAAAGGAAAAUCAAAGACAAUUCCAUGUUUUAAUCCCAACUCAUUAUUACCUGACCCUUUGCUUCGUGAUUACUGGGUAUAUGAAGGCUCUCUUACUAUGCCACCUUGUAGUGAAGGAGUUACAUGGAUAUUAUUCCGAUAUCCUUUGACAGUAUCUCAAACACAGAUGGAAGAAUUCAGGAGAUUAAGAAUGCAUGUAAAGGGUGCAGAUCUGGAAGAUGAAAGUGAUGGAAUACUGGCUGAUAACUUUAGACCCUCUCAGCCUCUUAGUGACAGGAUUAUUCGAGCAGCCUUUCAAUAAGUAAACUGGGGCCAAAAACUUGAGAGCAUCAUGCCAGAAAUGUUGGUGCUUUAUCCAUAAAUAGCAUGUGUUACUUGUUAGAAGUCUAGUCUGGAGAGACUUUGUAAAAUCAGGGGUGAAGAUGUCAUAUGUUUUACAUCUGGAGAACGACUACAACACUAUCACACUGGCUUUGUAAAACGUAUUUUUUUAUAAAGAAGUGAAGGGUUAUUGCUUAGCUUAAGGAGAACUUCAGGCAACAGAACAAAAUUCAGCAAAUGUACAUGAUAUCCAGUAUGGUUACUAUUUGUUGCUUAAAACAUGAACUCCAGAGUACCUUUACUGACGUUUAGUUCCCAGCUGCUAUACUAAUUACUAUUGUUAAAUUUGGGUGUGUGCUUUGUGCCUCAGAUCACAUAACAGUAGAGGCUAGCCUGGUACUGCAGAUAUAAACACACCCUUGUAACACAAGCAAACAUCAGGUUAGGGUAGCCUAAAAUUCGAUGUGGAUCAUUAGUUUAUCCAUCAGGUAUUGAAACAAAUUGAGGCACAGAUUUACAGAAUGUUUCUGGACUUAUCUAUUGCCAAAUGUUAUACUUUGUAGUUCUCCUAUAACAUUUUUAAUGUUAGGUACUUUUUGUUUCAAGUUAUAUUUAAAAUGUUUUUAUCUUUGUUUGGACUAUAUCCUCUCUAGUACUUGUCAAAUGUCCACCAUGAAAAUGCAGCAGUAGGGUCCAUGCACGAUAGGUGGCUAAAAUAAUGCCAGAACCUCUGGCAGAAAAAGCAGCAUAAAAAUGUUCAUAGUGGCUCGUAUUCCACAAGGGUUUUUAAGAUUUUAUGGGCUUUUGCCUUUAUAAGGGUUUUUAUUCCCCCAAAACAUUCCCCACUGCAUAUUUUCAUUAUAAUCAACAUACACUUGAAAACGCUGAACGUUUCUGAGCAUUUAUGCAUAUCAAGUGUUUUUUUUCUGCUCCUCUAAAAACUUGGGGGCAAAUCCACAAAAACGUAGCCUAACUUAA